AUGGCCUACAAAUCUCGCUUCACUGAACACUUUGAUGUUCCUGCCCAAUGGACCGAUCUCUCACCAUCUACAACAAAUGCCUCUCAUCCUGAAGAUCACCAGCCUUCGCGAAUGGGCUCCUUUGACUCUAUCGGAAAGCCUCCGUCAUUGACCCACACCUCUUCUGGCUCAGCCUUCUCGUCCUCAUCAAACUCAUCAUCCUCUCGCCCAUCUAAUCGAAAUUCAAAUCAGUCCGAUACAGACCUUUCCUCCAGCGAAGACCACCAUUCUAAUCCUAUCAUUAAAUUCAAACGUUUCCUGACCACCAUUGGUCCCAAGAAGUAUCGAUCAAACAAGUCCCGGUCAUCGAAUCCUUCUUCAAAAAACCUCUUUUAA